AUGCAGGCGAUACCGCCUGCUACAUUCCGACUAUUCAGGUCCGUCAUCGACGCGAGAACGGAGCAUCUAGCCUUCUUACGACGCAUCGUAAGCGAGGAAGACCCUCAGUACGGCAAAGACAUCAAGAUUCACGACACGUUUGUCCGACUCGUUACCGAAGCUUUCGUUGCCCUCGGCGGAAAUUCCUGGAUAGAGACCGAGCAGUCAAGAGGCGUGCAAGGUCGAUCGAAUACCAGCAGUUUGACUCCAGAAAAGCUUGCCGACUUCAUCAAUUUCUCGGCAUUGGACUUAAAAAGCCUGAGCCUUGAGAGCCCAGGAGAGAAUUCAAGUGACAGCGUUCCUGUUCCUCUUCGUGGAUCCCAAAGGCGAGCCCAAGCGAAAUCGGGUAGAGGGGGCAAGGGCAAGAAAAAGGCGAAGAAGGCUCCCGGUGCCCUAUUGAACCAGGUACCUAUUGAGCAAUACAGCAUCGUCGAAGCCGAUGGCACUGGAGAAGCCGAGUCCUUUAUGGCUGCUUGCGCAAUUGCCAAGGAGUGCGUCGUACUCAGAAACUAUCUCCAGAAUGUCUGGCGCGAGGCAGCGUACUGUGGCUUGCAUGGGGCUAUUGCCGUCUUCAGCGAGGUCCCAGAGUUACAAUCAUACGAGACGCUUGUGGCGGCCAUCAUCCGUGGAAACCUCGAGACUGCACAAGGCUCAUUCAUCAAAGCUUUGGCAAAAGUUAGUCCGGGUGAUCAGCAUGGAGGAACCAAAACGACCUCUAUCGAUUUGAAAGAGUACAUUCAGCUCGGCACCUACCGGGAUCUUGUUGAUUUCCUCGAAGACUAUCAACAGUCAGAGGAUGGGAAGCCUACUACGAAGAUGCUUGUCAAGAUCAAAGACUGGGAUCCCACGCUAGACUUACAACAUACUACGAAGAGGGAAAGAUUGAAGUGGCGAAGAUCAUACACAAUCAACUGGCUUUAUGAUCUCGUCAACUCCUAUACAGCCCCUAAGCGCAGUGAUGGAGAAUGGGUGCGGCUUGAAAACUUACCCAACUGUCCGUUGGCGGGCUCUGAACCGCUUCUUGGUCUUCAGGAUUUCGCGUGUUUUGUCGUCUCGUUGUUAAUGAAGAAGCCAGGAACGGAUGUUCAUCAAGACAUCAUGCCUCACCGCGUCUUUCAGCUACAAUGCAUUGUCGAUGCUUUCACCGUAUCAUGUGGCUGGACCAACACCACUCGGCGGGGGCAUGUCAUUGGACCACGAUCUCCGGAUACGCUUGGCCCGAUGAGAGACAUUGAUGGGUUUCUGGGACGCAGACCCGUAGGAAACGGUAAUCAGGAGAGCAGCGUCAAAGGCAAAGGCAAAAGCGGUACCAAACUGUACAUCGGUGACAUUGAGCUAUCUAUAGGCGGCAGCACAAAGGAUGACAGCAACAUUCAAAACGACGACAAGAACUUGGGGUUCAGCAAUGGACUUUUUCGGUCUGCCAACUUGAUGGCUCACUUUUACGGGGCAGAACUCCGUAACGCCCAUAGGCAGCCAAUGAUGGAUUUCGUGAGCGUCUUUUGCAGAGAGUUCGACUUCCUGGGCCAGUCAGUGCCAAUGACUGGCGACAUACUCCCAACAUCCCGCUUUGAUCACACCGGACUCAAUGGUAUGUGGAGGUACUCUCCGUACCUCUGUGGUGUGGGAGUGAUGGAGGGCCUGGAAAGGGUCUACCGCACAAGCAUGCUCAUCUGGGACAGCCUCGAGGAACCGACGGCAAUGAUACAUCUCCACAACAUGCUUGUACAGCAAGGGCACAUAAAGCAGCCUUUGGCUCACUAUCAAGUACUACAAGACAUGUUUCGAGAUAGCUUCUUUCUCGAUGGCCAAGUUCCACGGUCCAACUUUGCUGAAGCCUUCCUUGGCAUCGGAGAGCUCUUAUGGGGUGAUGGCAGAGUGAAACAAAAGCCGGCCCUCCCAAAAUCAGCUGGAUACCAUCGCUCAAUCGACGUCAGCAGAAACUUGGCCUUCAACAUUAAGUCUCAUUUGUUGAUUUACCGAGAAGCGAAUUGGCAUGUCGAAUGGAUACCGGACAAGGAGCUCAAUCCACGGACUCGUUUGGCCUUGCUCCGCGCUUCGAGGCUGGUUGCCAAUACUCCGCUGAACAGCAUGACCAAAGAUGAGAAGAGUCUGGUUGACCGCGUCAAGAAAGCUUUGGGUGUAGACGAUCAAGAGCUACUGUCCCGAGGGAAUGCCCUGUUGAAGAAGCUCGGCGAGACACGGCCCCACCAGUACAGCACCGGCCGGAACGGUACGCCGAUUGAAGUCGUGUCCGGGGAUCGCGUCAGGCCUAGUCGAGUGCAAAUACUCGAUCUGAUCAAGGGAGACUUAUACAACGAUAUUUGUGGGAACCGCUCUUACUCCACAUUCAACUACAUACUGUUGUAUGUCAACAUGAUCGAAACCUUUGAGAAGAUUGAAUACGAACUUGCGAGAGCACAAGAUUCCGACUGCCAGAGCAUCCUGGAGUUGGGGACGCGGCUUCAUAUGGUUGAUGCACUGAUGCGGAAAGAGCGAGAAAGGGCGAGCCUCAAGAUUGUGGCAAAGGUCUUGGAGAGCCAGAGGGAGUUGCCAUGUCGCUAUCCCCGGAACGAGAAGCCUGUGGAAACAUGGUAUCAAGAAGAGGAUAGCUUGGAUUAUGAUGGAACCGAGAUAUUGUGCUCAGUCAUGUGA